AUGGCGAACAGGGGAGGGAAGGGGUCGUACCCCCCGUCCAAGUCAGGAGCACUGAACGGAAGGCAGAUGGUUCUGAUUUCUGAUGAUUCUGAUUCUGAUUCUGAUGAUUUUUUCGAAGAAGAGGCUCCCCCCACACACUCCAAGUCAAAUGGGAAAGCUUCAUCUGAUAGCCUAAAAACUGGUGGAAAGGCUUCAUCCUUUUCUAAUGGAGAAGGUAGCAAAGGAGGGAAGGCAUUUAGUGCUGGGAAGGGUGGGAAGGGCUCCGCAUCAAAUGCAAAGCCUGCAAUGUCUGAUGCAGAACUAAAGCUUCAGCUUGAUAUGUCUCCAAAUUCUAUAUUGUUAACGAACUGUGAAGCAGCAGAAAUGUUGCAGAAAAUUCAGGGACAUAUGGCUAUCUUAUCAGAGGAUCCGAAGAUAAAAAUUCCCGAGUCGUUUGACAAGGCCUUUCAAUAUGCAAAAGAAGGAAAUCACUUCACCUCUGCGAAGUUGGUGAAAGAAAUCCUGGAACCCCUUAAAGACUAUGGUGUUAAUGAUGGCGAGAUAUGCAUGAUAGCGAACAUUGGGCCUGAGACCAUUGAAGAGGUUUAUGCACUCAUACCGUCUCUCAAGGCCACUAGGUCGAUCAAUGAAGGCAAGAUCGCGGAGGCCCUUACCGCCCUCGCUAACAUAAAAGCCUCCAAGUGA